CCUGGGCAUCCAGUCCGCUCCUGCACCGCGAAGGACAUGGGGCCGGCGAAGGCAGGAGGCCCGCUGCCCGCUCUUCUCCUGCUGGCGCUGGCUCUCUCCCCGCAGGAGACCCAGGGACGACCCCGGGGGCGCAGAGCCUUGCGCGUGGCAGAGCCGAAGCCCUUGAUUUUCCUCCCCGCGGCGGGGGCGGGCCUGGCUCCCAGUGCCUCCCGGAGCGCAGAAAUAUUCCCAAGAGAUUUAAACUUGAAAGACAAAUUCAUAAAGCAUUUCACAGGGCCAGUCACAUUCUCAGCUGAAUGUAGCAAACAUUUCCAUCGCCUCUAUCACAAUACCAGAGAUUGCUCAAUGCCAGCUUAUUACAAAAGAUGUGCCAGAUUGCUAACAAGAUUGUCAGUGAGUCCGCUGUGCUCACAGACCUAAAAUCCUCACCCUAUGAGUGCAUUUCUUGAGGAUGCAAAUGUAUUUUGAAAAAAAAGUGCCUGGAAUCAUAGUAAAUGUAAAAGAGAAACGAAACUCCUGCUUUUGGGAUAUUAACCUGAUUAAAUAAGAGACCUCCCAGAAAUCGGAGAUUAGCUGUUUUCUGCCAUCGAAUGCAGUUCUUGGUUUAUCUUUGUGUAUACGAUAAUUUAUAGUUUUUUGAAAACAAAGCUUAAAUUGCAUACUGCAAAUAUAAUAUUAAAAUUGUGUUCUACUUUAUUUUGCUAGGGAUAUUAUUUUCUUAUAUGGUUACCAUUCCACAGUAAACAUUGAAUGAUGUAAAUUAUGUCUGAGAGUGCCAGUAAGAAAUGAUUGUUUUGUAUAUGAUUUUGUAAUGUACAGAGUCCAUUUUUUAUAAUUUUUAUUUAAUAAUAUUUAAUGCAUCUAUUAAAAAUUUGUGGUCUUUUUACAUUACUUUGAAACGUGAAUUUUAUUAAAACUGAAAUAUGAGCAA